UCAAAUACUGGUUUUGGAGGGCAGAUUCCGAAUGGGAUAUCAAGGCUGACAAGAAACUUGUGCUUUCCAACAAUUCAUUUGACGGGGAAGUUGAUGAAUACCUGAAUGUAUCUGCCUCUCAAUUGGAAACACUGGACUUGAGUUUUAACCAUCUAAAUGGGUCAAUUCCAGAGUACUUCUUUGAACUUCCCAAUCUAAGAGUACUAAUACUUUCUUCCAACUCGUUCAGUGGAAGGGUAGGAUUUGAAAGUCUCCAAAAGCUCAAGAACCUCACAAGACUUGAACUUUCUCACAACAAUUUGUCAGUUGACAUAAGUAGUGGUAGUUUAACAUCCUCAUUCUUACCCCAAAUUUCAGUAUUGAAAAUGGCUUCUUGUCGAUUACAAAAGUUUCCAAAUCUCAGAACUCAUUCAAGUAUUAUCAUUUUAGACCUAUCAGACAAUGAAAUUAGAGGGGAAAUACCAAACUGGAUAUGGAAUGUGGGUAAUGGAAGUCUGGAUCAUCUCAAUCUUUCCUGCAAUUUCUUAGAUGGUCUAGAAAAGCCUUACACAAUUCCAAGUACUCUUGUAGUACUGGACUUGCACUCAAAUCAACUGCAAGGCCAACUUCCCAUUGGAGUAGUCCCAUCCCAGGUCCAGGAUGCUGCAUAUCUUGAUUACUCAAACAAUUUUUUUAAUGGUUCCAUCCCAUUUGAUCUUGGAAGUUAUGCUCCAUUUGCUUCUUUCUUGUCUCUUUCAAAUAAUAGCUUCACUGGGGCAAUUCCUGAAUCCAUAUGCAAUGCAAGCUAUCUACAAGUUCUUGAUUUAUCCAAUAAUAAACUGAAUGGCAUACUUCCAUCCUGUCUAUUCAACAUUACUGGGAUUGAGACUCUUGGACUUGGAGUACUAAACCUUGGGAAAAACCAAAUCACCGGUAACAUACCUGAUUCGUUUCCAAGUAAUUGUGCUCUAAAAACUUUAGACCUCGGCAGGAAUGUCUUAGAAGGGAGGAUUCCUAGUUCUCUAAUCAAUUGCUCAUCCUUAGAAGUUCUAAAUUUAGGGAGUAACAAAUUUGUAGAUACCUUUCCAUGCCCAUUGCAGAAUUUAUCAAGCAUGCGGGUGCUAAUCUUGCGAUCCAAUGGAUUCAAUGGCGACCUUCAUUGUGUUAAUGCCAACCAUAUGUGGCCAAAUCUUCAGAUUAUUGAUAUUGCUUCCAAUAAUUUCACUGGAGAACUCUCCCCAAAGUUGUUAAAUUGGAAAGGAAUGACUGUUGAUGAAGAUAAUACUGCGCAAUCUAGGGGUAACAUCAGGUUUGACUUCUUGAGACUCAAUGACUUCUACUACCAAGAUAAAGUAUUGUUAACCGUGAAGGGGGUUGAGAUGGAACUGGUGAAAAUUCUCAGAGUCUUUACAUCUAUUGAUUUCUCAAGCAAUAAUUUCCAUGGAAUUAUACCAAAUACCAUUGGAGCUCUCACAUCACUUUACUUUCUCAACCUAUCACACAAUGCUCUCACAGGGAAUAUCCCUAAAGCAAUCGGAAAUCUUAAAAGGAUUGAAUCCUUAGACCUUUCAGCAAACCAUCUAGAUGGAGAGAUCCCGGCACAGCUCGCGAAACUCACAUUCCUUUCUGUUUUGAAUUUAUCAUUCAACAGACUUUCUGGUAUGAUUCCAACCGGCAAUCAACUUAAUACAUUUGGACCAGAUUCCUACCUAGGGAAUCAACAACUCUACGGUUUUCCUCUCUCAAAAAGUUGCAAACCUCCAACAAGUUCCCGUGGCGGCAAAUCUGAGAUAGAAUUGGGUGGUGGCCAACUUGAGAUCAAAUGGGAAUAUGUAACUUCUGCUUUGGGAUUCAUGGUGGGUUUAGGCGUGUACCUUUGGAUGCUUUUGCAUAACAAGAGAUGCAGGGAAGCAUACAAACAACUUGACAAUGUUUUAGUACCGCUAUUCAGUCCACGACAACGAGGAAGAAAAUCUCUGAAACCAAGAAGCAGAGUUCGCAGGAACAGAAUCAUAUCAAUCUAAGUUGCAUCCCUUGCAGGUAAUCUUGAAUACCUCCAAUGUUAUACGGAGCACAAUUUUUUCAUAUAAACACUGUUGAUUACACACCAAGCACUUCUUGUUAAGACCAUUAUUAUUCACUCCACUUCAGUUUGUAGGUGCGAAUGCUUAGCUCAGUGAUUAUGAUGGUGAUAGCUCCUAGGUAGUGCAUGCAUGUUUGCAUGUUUUGUACUAUAGUAAGUCUACUAUAUCCUUCUUCUCGGUUUGCAAAUAUUUAUGUGUAAUCACUUUUGAAGGAGUUGCAUGUUGUUGGGUCAUGGGCGAAGAACCAUUUGCUUUAAUUAAUAAACAUUUCAAAUCUACCCUUUUAUGUGUUUGUAA